GGUGUACAAUGGGGUCGGGAAACGCAAUCAAGGUCCUCCAAGCGGCGGUGCUGCUUCUGGUGGUCUGUGGCGGGUCGGCGUCCGUACCGGCGACGCCCUCGGGCAACCAUCCCGCGAUUCCGGCCUCGGAUGCUGGCCAUGGUGCUGCCUUCGAGGGACAGGCAGCCGGAGUUGCGAAUCCCCAGAUCUUGGCUGUCGACUUCCAGGUGGGAGCCGACUCGUACGAGGCAUCUUUCAAGAGCUUGCACGUGGCCUUACAGGCGAACACAGUGCCCGUGGAAGGGCACUAUAUCCUACCGAAAGAAACUCCCAAGCCUGAGAUGUGGAUCAACCUGACUCUCAAAGGCGAAGCGGCAAGGCCACCUGCCCUGUUGUUGAGAUCCGAUAAUGUCUAUCUCCUCGGCUUCAUUGCCGCAGAUGGAACAGCGUUCUGCACCAAGGGCAAAAAGAAGAUCUUCCCGGUCGAUUGCACGGAGCUGCCCUUCGAGGACAACUAUGGAGGUCUCACUAACAGACGUGAGAAGGAGGAUCUUAACGGGCUACUGGAGGCGGUGAGUCUCGGGAAGUCGGAGGCCCAAGCCGCAGCAGAUGCACUCGCGCGGUUCAAGCAUGGAACGACCUCGCCUGAGGUGGCUAGGAAAUCUUUGCUCGCCUUCACACUUAUGAUACCCGAGGCGCAGCGCUUCCACUCCAUCGGCAACAAAAUGAAGACUGACUGGAUAAAAUCGAGCCACCUCACGGAGGAUCAGGUAAAGCUCAUUUUUGUGUGGCGGGUUCUCUCGGCCCUUUGGUGCCGUGGGGACAACCCCCCUGAUGGCGAAUGGAGCAAAGCCAAGGACAAGCUCAAGGCUCUCAAUAUCAAGAGCCGAGCUGACGUGUCGCGAGCCCUCGACAUGGUCAAGAACGAGGGCCGCUGCUCCGACCUCAGGAAAGAGAAGCCACCCGCAUGAGUUUGUGGAACACUGGGUCGUAUUGAUGAUGUAACACGACUAGCAUUUGCCUACCUGCGUGGUUAAUACUAAAAUAAAAUAAAGUACUCCAUGUGUGUGCGUGUCUGUACACUGGGUCAUCAUGUAAAGCAUGAAAUGAUUGAGAGAAAAACUUGUGUUCAUUGAUUCCCAAUAGUGGGUAUCUAAACAAGGGUUGAUGCCUGUUGAAGGCAUCGUUAAAA